CAUAAAUACUCCCUCCAUUGCCCUUCCCACUGUCACCAUUCUCUGCGCCUUCUCACACUGCAACAUUUUCCUUUCCAUUCUCAGAGCUUUAGUUUCAAGCGAGUACGGAACUCAGUUGUUGAUAAGCUGCUACCUCAAAACCAUUGACAGAAAAAGAGUUGGGUGAAGUGGAAGUUUGAUAGACACUAGUUCAAUUUGUUCUGAAUACUCCUUAAAGGUCUUACAUUGUUGCUUGCUUCACUUGAAAUUGUGGAUAGACCUGGAUCCAAUGGACUUGAAGACAAAUCUUACUCCUGUCCUUACUGAUACCACACCCUUAACAAGGUCAAGGCUUGGUGUGCCUUCAGGUUUGUCACCUUCUUACUCUUCUAAAGGGGCAACCUUUCCCCAUGGUCCCUUGCUGGCAAUUCCAAGGAAGAAGACAGGAAUUCUUGAAGAUGUUCGUUCUAACGGUUGGCUUGAUGCCAUGAAAUCAUCUUCUCCUACUCACAAUAAAGUAUCCAAGGAUGUUAGUCAUGGGAUUGGAUCAUCUGAUGCUGCUUAUAAUUCCUGGCUGCUUAAGUUUCCAUCAGCACUUGCAUCGUUUGAUCAAAUUGCAAACUGUGCUAAGGGGAAGAGAAUAGUAUUGUUUCUGGAUUAUGAUGGGACUCUUUCACCCAUUGUGGACAAUCCUGACUGCGCUUUCAUGUCAGACAAUAUGCGUGCUGCUGUUAAAAAUGUCGCAGAAUGUUUUACAACGGCAAUAAUUAGUGGAAGAAGGCGCGACAAGGUUUGUGAAUUUGUUGGAGUAAGAGAGCUCUAUUAUGCUGGUAGUCAUGGGAUGGACAUUAUUUGUCCUCGUAGACAAUCUAAUUCUGAUAAUCACCCUGAGUGCAUUAGUUCUGCUGACAAACAGGGUAUUGAAGUCAAUUUAUUCCAACCUGCUGCUGAAUUCCUCCCCAUGAUUGAAGAGGUACUUGAGUUGCUCAAGGAGUGUACAAAAGACAUUGAAGGAGCAUUAGUUGAGAACAAUAAAUUUUGUGCGUCUGUGCAUUACCGCAAUGUAGAUCAAGAGAAUUGGAGUAUUGUGGGACAACGUGUAUAUGAUGUUCUGAAGGAUUACCCACGUUUGCGUUUAACUCAUGGGCGGAAGGUUUUAGAGGUCCGGCCAGUGAUCGACUGGGAUAAGGGAAAAGCUGUCACAUUUCUACUUGAGUCACUUGGACUUAACAAUUGUGAUGACGUGCUAGCAAUAUAUGUUGGAGAUGAUAGAACAGAUGAAGAUGCAUUUAAGGCUUUGAGAGAAGUUAAUAAAGGUUGUGGCAUCUUAGUGUCCCCCGUCCCAAAAGAAACCAACGCAGUUUACUCUCUUCGUGAUCCCUCAGAGGUAAUUCUCUUGAUUUUAAUAUAGUUUGUAAUUUGUAUGUUUUUUUGUUUUUUUAACUGAAUCUGAAUCUAAUUAGAUGAACUAGUCCAUUUAAGAAAAUAAAGCACUCCCUGGCCUUACUUUUUUUAUUUUAAGAAUCUAAGUUUAGUUUAACUCAAUCCCUGAAAAACUGGUUUAUUUUAGUCUUCACUAGUCUAUGUAGGAUUUCUAACAUUCCUCUGACACUAAGAUUGCAGCGUCAAGUUUAUUGAACUAAAUAUUUGCAAGUGAUCUUAUAGAAUAAUAAUUAGGGUAGGCUCUGAAUCUGAUACUGUCUUCAAAAUGCUAGAGAUCCUACAUAAUGAUAUGUCAAAAAUAAAGUAUAUAAUAAGCUAAUUUUGUAGAGGUGAAUUUGAACAUAAUGUAAUAGUAUGCGGAUCAUUUGGUUUAUUUGAUUGUUUAUAUUGAUAUUGUUUUUUGAUGUCAUACUUUAACCAAUGUUGUAUUG